GCUUCCCCGCCGGGUCAGAGUGGAGUGGUUCUGUUUUAGGGAAUCAGCUGUGUGUGUGUGGACGGAAUAUCAAUCUGACAGGAAGAAAUGGCUUCAGCACCUUGCGCGCUUAUUACGAGCUGCGAUCCGGGAUUUGUGGAGGAGGAACUCGUUAAGCAAAUCAUUGCUGGUGAUGGUCUUUUAGGACCCUCCUCCCAGACUGGAGAAGUCAGAUGGUACCCCUGGACGAUAAACAACAAAUAUUACACGGCAGACAUCUGCCUGUGCGCCGUACCGAACAGAUUCCUCGUCACGUCUGAGAUCGCUGAGGGCGUGCAGGCUUUCAUUGUGUAUUUCGACAGCAAUACAAAAUCUGGCCUGGACGGUGUGUCUUUAUGGCUUCCCCUGGCAGAAGACUGGUCCCCCGAGGUGCUGAUCCUGGUCUGUGAUCGCGUGUCAGAGAAUGGUGUGAACAGACAGACAGCCCAGGAGUGGUGUAUCGCACAUGGCUUUGAACUGGUGGAGCUCAACCCAGAAGAGGUCCCCGAUGAAGACGACGACUUUCCAGAGUCCACAGGGAUAAAGAGGAUUGUUCAAGCCCUGAACGCAAACGUGUGGUCCAACAUGGAGAUGAAAGACGAAAGAAACCAGGGCUUCGGCCUCAUGAGCAGCCUGGUGGGUUCACGUCAAAGCAGUGGAGCUGCGCACAGCCACGAGCCACAUUCACACAGGUCUGCAGAUGGUGGCUCUGAAACUAGUUCAGAGGACAGCAGGAGAAAUGCUGCUCCAGACCCUGACACUCAGAUCGACACGCUUGUAGAUCCCAUGCUGGAUAUGGAUAUCCAGGAACUGGCCAGUCUAACCACAGGGGAUGCAGACGUGGAGAACUUUGAAAGAUUGUUUUCUAAGUUAAAAGAAAUGAAAGAUAAGGCAGUAACACUACCUCAUGAUCAAAGAAAGCUGCAUGCUGAAAAGGUCGCCAAGGCAUUCUGGAUGGCGAUUGGUGGAGACGAAGAUGAAAUUCAAGGACUGUCAUCAGAAGACGACAAUUAAAAAGCUGCUGUGAGAUUUUCAAACUGAGAUUUCAUUGUGGAACAACUCCAACUCCAGCACCUAUUUACCACCAUAAACGCCCUGAUCUAAAAGUAAAGAACAAGAACAAGUUUCAUUUUAGUGUCUGACAAUAUAGAGCUAAUGCUCUCCUGGAUCAACUAACUGUGUCAAAGCAAACCAGUAUCAAAGUGUUCCUGUCAAGGACACAUGCCUCCCGCCAACCACCUGUCAAGUCUUACCAAACUCAAAACUGGAACCGUGUUGCUCACCUGGCACCUCUUCUCAAUCAUUCCUGUGUUUAAAUGUUGUUUUUUAAAAUGUAGAAAUAGAUGAAUAAACAUGUAAAACCAGUGUAAAGAAAUCAUUGGAUUAUUUGUGGGGCUGGAGAAUGAAACAAAAUAAAUUAAGCAUUUACACAGACCAAAGAAGAGGGAAUCCUUCAUGACAGAAAUGGUGGAGGAGAAGUUUGAUUCUAACUGCUGUAGGAAGUUUCAUCAAGAACGACUGACCUCCAGGGAAUUAAGUAACAAAACACAUUGAAGAUGAACAAAAAUCAGAUUUGUUAAUAUGAUGAAAUGUAGAUCACAAAACACGACUGCAGUGAAUGGUUUUGGUGUUUCUGUGAAAUAAAUGUUGCUGUUUGUUUGCCUGCUGUGUGUGGCUCAGCAGUUGCAGCUGAGGACAGGAGAAAGCAAAACUGCAUGGGGAUUGGAUAACAGUCAACCAAUGAGAUUUAAACAAAAAUGUUUUAGCUGCAUGGUUAUUGGUUGAAACCACCUAUCCUGUUUGCUUGUGUGUAGACAAUGCUAUGACUUACUUUUUCAUUUGAGUGCCCCAGCCUCUUUCUGCUUGUAUUGAGAUAAUCAGGCAAGAACAGAGGAAGAAUCGUUCACAUUUUUGUACGCUACCUGAUCUUCAAUGCAUUGUAUCCUGAGGACUGCCGUAUAAAAGAAGACAGAACUCACCAAUAUACAGCAGAAGAAAACUUUCUGCGUGGUCUAUAAGGGUGGAGUAAAACAUUCACAACUAAAACCGGGUCUCUUGGAUUUCAUUACGUUAAUGUCUUGAUGAAAAGUUUCAGUUGCUUUCUGGAACCCAUCGCCUUAUAACAACCUAUUGUAGGAAGCAUGACUUUGUGAAAAUAUGAAGGUUACCUUUUUAUUGUUGAUUUAGAAAAUGGAUUGAUUGAUUGUGAACUUUGCUGUCUUGACCUGUGCAGUUCAUUACCCCAGGAGAUGAUGUCUAUCUCAUUGCUGGGUUUUGUUUUCCUGGUAAAGAAUUUAAAAGAAAUGGAUCUGACAGUUGCUGCCCAGGUAUACUGCAUAUGAUAUGAUAUGUAAAUCUACCGUACAGCGAGUCAUGACUAGAAACACUUUGCAUUGUGAUUAGACUAGAAUAUUGAAAUGAAACAUGUGUAACUAAAUUGACCCCACAAUGUUGUCUCAUUGAAAGGAUUGCUUACCCUUUGCUGGAAAACAACAAUGGCUUUUUAAUUAUUAUUAUGAUUUUUUUAACGUUAGGACUGUUUGGCUCACAACAUGAUAGCAAUGUAAUACUGUAGCUUUACAUAAACCAAGAUCAGUUUGUGAUUUCAUUAAAUACCCUGUAAGAGAGACACUGCUGCUUGAAUGCCUGUCAAAGCUGUUUACCAAUUAUAUAAAAAAUAUUAUUCUAGAACAUUA